UGUGCCGUGUGUGGUCAGUGUGCUGGUGGUGUUUGGAGCGGGUUGUGGUGAAAGUGAGCUGCAGGUCUGAGCACCAUGUCCAGACUCCUGAGCACAGUGAGCACAGUGAACACAGUCAACAGCAGGCUGAGCAGAGCGGGGAGCUUCUGGAGAGGAGUGAGGAGAUCUGCUGAGAGAACCAUCAGCUGCUCGGGCAGGAGGAGGAGUGAGGAGAGGAAUGGCAGUGUGGGAGCUCUGGGAAAGCGGCUGCAGGACACGGCUGAGACUCUGAUCAUUGGAGGAGGAUGUGUGGGUGUGAGUCUGGCCUAUCACCUGGCCAAAGCUGGUCAGAAGGGCGUGGUUCUUCUGGAGAAGUCGGAGCUGACUGCUGGAUCUACCUGGCACGCUGCUGGAUUAACCACUUACUACCAUCCAGGAAUCAACCUGAAGAAGAUUCACUACCACAGUAUUAAGCUCUAUGAGCAGCUGGAGGCGGAGACCGGUCAGGCUGUGGGCUUCCAUCAGCCGGGCAGCGUCAGGAUCGCCUCCACUUCAGCCCGAGUGGACGAGAUGAAGUACCAGAUGACCCGAACCCACUGGCACCCCACCCAACAGUUCCUCAUCGGACCUGAGAAAGUCCACCAGCUCUUCCCCCUGCUCAACAUGGACAAGGUGCUGGCUGGGCUCUAUACUCCUGGUGAUGGUCACAUUGACCCGUACUCCCUCACUAUGGCGCUGGCAGCUGGUGCCCGCAUGUAUGGAGCUCAGAUCUACACCCCGGCCCCGGUCACAGGCCUGUCCCCCACCUCUGACGGGAAAUGGGACGUCCAGACUCCGCACGGGACCAUCCGAGCCAACCGCAUCGUUAAUGCCACAGGUUUCUGGGCUCGGGAGCUGGGCCAGAUGAUUGGCUAUCCUCACCCCACCAUUCCUGUCCAUCACCAGUACGUGGUGACAGCGACGGUUCCUGAGGUGAAGGCCCUGAAGACGGAGCUGCCGGUCAUUCGGGACCUGGAGGGCUCGUACUACCUGAGGCAGGAGCGGGACGGCCUGCUGUUCGGACCCUACGAGAGAGAGGAGAAGAUGGUGCUUCAGGACUCGUGGGUCAGAGAUGGAGUUCCUCCAGGUUUUGGUAAGGAGCUGUUUGAGUCUGAUCUGGAUCGUAUAAUGGACCACGUGGAAAUGGCUAUGGAGAUGGUUCCUGUUCUGAAGCACGCUGACAUCAUCAACAUCGUAUCUGGACCAAUCACGUACACCCCUGACCUGCUGCCCAUGAUUGGACCACACCAGGGGGUCCGCAACUACUGGACCGCUAUCGGCUUUGGGUAUGGUAUAAUUCAUGCUGGUGGUGUUGGGAAGUUCCUCAGUGAUUGGAUCAUGACUGGUGAGCCCCCGUAUGAUCUGAUUGAGUGUGACCCCAACCGUUAUGGCAAAUGGACCACAGUGCCGUACCUGUGUGCCAAAGCCAGAGAGUCAUACGGCUUUAACAACGUGGUGGGUUACCCUAAAGAGGAGCGGUUUUCUGGUCGUCCCACCAGCAGAGUGAGUGGACUGUAUGAGCUGCUGAAGGACAAAUGCUCUAUGGGUUUCCAUGCAGGCUGGGAGCAACCACACUACUUUUAUAAACCAGGAGAUGAAGUGGGCUACAGACCCAGUUUCAGGAGGACAAACUGGUUUGGACCAGUUGGACGUGAAUGUAAGCUGGUGAUGGAGAAAGUGGGCGUCAUUGACCUUUCACCUUUUGGUAAAUUCAUGGUAAAAGGAAAGGACUCGCACAAGCUGCUGGACCGACUGUUCGCCAACACCCUGCCGAAGGUGGGCCUGACCAACAUUAGCCACAUGCUAACCCCAAGAGGACGUGUCUACGCUGAAGUCACCAUUACCCAGCUUUCACCUGGAGAAUUCUUGCUGAUCACUGGAUCAGGAUCAGAGCUGCACGACCUCAGGUGGAUAGAGAGAGAGGCUGCAGACGGGGGGUAUGAGGUAGAGAUCAGUAAUGUAACUGACGGUAUCGGGGUGCUGGGCGUGGCCGGGCCCAACUCUCGUAAGGUCCUGCAGAAGCUGACCAGUGAGGACCUGAGUGAUGCAGCUUUUAAAUUCCUUCACUGUAAAUCCAUUCAGCUGGCCGGCGUCAAACUAAGAGCCAUCCGCAUAUCCUACACAGGGGAGCUGGGCUGGGAGCUGUAUGUGGAUAUGCCUCAGUUGGCUGCGGUUUACCAGGCCAUUAUGGAGGCUGGUCAGGAAGAAGGCAUUGAUAACUUCGGCACUUACGCUAUGGGUUCACUCAGGCUGGAGAAAGGCUUCCGAGGCUGGGGAGCUGAGAUGAACUGUGAUACCAAUCCUCUGGAGGCUGGUUUGGAUUACUUCAUCAAACUCAACAAGCCUGCAGAUUUCAUAGGGAAGCAAGCACUACAAGAGAUCAAGUCAAAGGGACUGACCAGAAAGCUGGCUUACCUCAUCAUGGACACAGACAACAUCGAUCCUGAGGGCAACGAGACCAUCUGGCACGAGGGCAAGGUUGUUGGAAACACAACGUCUGGAGCGUACAGCUACUCAGCUGAGCAGAGCCUGGCCUUUGGCUACCUGCCCGUCAAGCUAGCCACCAUUGGACAGAAGGUGGAGGUGGAGCUGCUGGGUAAAAAGUAUCCUGCUACAGUCGUCCAGGAGCCCCUGGUCCUCACUGAGCCCACCAGAACCCGUCUUCAGAAGAAGUCCAAAAGCUCAGCGUGAAUCAAGGACUCGAGUUUGGGUGAACUGGACCUUAGUGUUGUGCUCAAGUAGCCAUUUCUGAAGUGUUCAACCAUCAGAAAACAGAGCAAACACUUAUUUACAUUCAGGGGACUCAAGCUGACACUUUAAAAAUCAUUAAACUAUUACAUUUAUAGAAAGAGACAUACAAAAACAUAUCAUGUGAAAAAAAUUGGGUAACCCUAUCUUGUGCAGCUUGCUAGAGCGGUCAGACCUGGUCAUGUUGGCAUCUGUUUUACUUGUAAAUGGUCUAGUAAAAUUGGAUGAGCUAAUUUCUAAGUUUAAGUAGUAAUAAAUGUGGGCUUGCCUUAAUACUGUGAUCCAUUCGAUGUUGGAAUUUCUGAAUUCCAUGUGAAAACUUCACCUGGAGCGCCCACCAGUCAGAUUCCUACUCAGAAAGUCCUGCACUUUAAUAAAAGUAAAAACAGUAUUAUUAUGCUGUUUAUCGUCACUUAUGUCUGUAUGUGUCUUUUUAAAUCACAUAAUACUUUCACAUACUACUUCUAUCUGUGGACAUGUUUCCAUGGUGUUUGUAAGUAAAAAGUUCCAUAUAGUAGCAUAUAAUAACAUCCAUUUCCUUGUAAAUGGAAUGCAGCAUAACUUUUUCCUCACAAGAACUUUACCAUCUCACAAUAUUAUUCACUUGAAAUUUUAAUUGUUUAAAUAUGUAAAAAAAAAGAAAAAAAAGAUAAAUACCUGGGAUUUGUUUCACAUAACUGUACUAAUUUGUACAAUUUGCAACUGAACAGUCUUAAGAAAAGCUUCACCACAUAAUGCUGUGAGAAUGUGAAUAGGUGGAGCUUCUUUGUAUUCCAUUUCACAUUCAGUACAGGUGAUGGACUCAACAAUGCAGCAGGUUGUUGUCUAUAAAGGAUUGUACAUGUAAUUUAUUUUCUACAUUGUAGAUUAAUAUUAAAGACAUGAAAAGAGGUGUGUCCAAACUUUUGACUGGUACAGUAGGUGCCAGUUAUUCAGGGAUGAACUGCCAAGACACUUUCUGAAAUGUGUUCUGGUGGUGGUGAAUGACUUGGCAAUAAAGCUAUUAACCAGCUUUAAUUUUAGUGCCAUGGUGCUAAUCACACACUGCCCUCAGCAUAAGCAAGUCAUUGUGCCAUUAAUGAAAGGAACAGUGUGGUCAUUGGACAUUGGAAUCUGAACUAAAAUAUUCCUGUUAAUGUGUAAAUUUUACAUCUUUGUGUUUAAUUUACUACUGUAUGUCUUUUGAAAUAAAAUGGGCUAUUUCA